AAUGAACUGUAUCUUGUUGAAGAUGUAAUAAGAGAAGAGUGAAGACACGGAUUAAAUAAAAUGAUUAAUGUCUAUCUGAUCUUUUUCACAGUUUUUCCUAAUUAUGCAGCGCAAUCCAAUCGUACUUCAAAUAAUAUAGAAAAUGAUACGCUCCAAGUAGAAUAUGAAUACAUGGAGUAUGACGAAACCCAGAUGAACGAGGACGGAUUGAGAUUAAUCGGAGGAACAGCAGUAACUCCUUCCGAUUAUCCGUUUGCCGUCGCACUGUCUCCGAACUACAAGGGAGACGAAGAGACAGAUUGGAAGCGUCCUAAACGUAUUUGUAGUGGUGUUCUCUUUCAUCCUAGAUGGGUUCUCACUGCUGCUCAUUGCUACCAACCCUUUACUAAGUAUUAUGAUGGAGAGGAGGAAUGUGUCAAACAAACUAUGCAGAACGGAGAAUAUGAGGAUGACGAAUACACUGCUAAGUGCACUAGGUUGAAUGAUAAGAAUGCCUACGUGAUAGAACCAACCAAGGGUAAACCCCAACUAUGGAUUGGAUAUACUGAUGUACUAAACAAACUGACAAACUCAGGAGUUAAGUUAUCUGGGAAGAUAAUUGUUAAACAUCUGUACUCUAUGAAGAAUGUGGAAGUUACUGAAGAUUUUGAUUCUAAACGAGGAAGUUAUGGAAGUUUUGGAGGCUAUGAUAUAUCGCUAAUAUACCUAGAGAAAACAGUUAUUAUUCACUCAAAAAUAAAGAUAUGUCUGGCAAGUCCAUCCUUCAAUGAUACCUCAAGCUCUGGUAUCCUGGUUGGGUAUGGAAUGUAUACUAGGGAAGAGAGCUGUUUAACUACAGGAGAAGGACCACUUAAACUUCAUUAUUGUGAUCAGAAUAAAUGUAAUAGUUCUGCUCCCGCCCCGAGAUCAAAACUGUGUCAGGAGUUUCUCAGUUCUGAGAUGACCCCUGACAAUAUCCUGGAUAUAGAAGAGGAACUCAUUAUCCUGGAAGAUCCGGAGAACUUUUCCGCUGGGGCAACCUACUGCUAUAGAGAUAAUUCAUCAGAACUCCACGAACAGGCUGAAGGGUUUGUUGCUAACGGAUGGUGUACAGUAUCUCAGAAUAUUUAUCAUAACACCCAUUCACAAAAGAAAACUGAUGACAUGAACUGGGGAUUCUGCAGUUCGGAAUGUUUCCAAGCUCCGUCCAACCUUGGUAAACUCCGAGAGAAACCUGAUAUUACAGUUCUAAGUGAACCACUCUGUAAAAGCUUCCUGGAUGAUUCUCUAAACGAAGAUAAGAAAUAUGGAGAGAAAAGAUUGAAAGUAUGGCCACGUAUACUGUGUGGGGGUGUUCUUAAAAACUGGAACUUUAGCUUAUGGACUAGAACUGAAUCAGGGUUUCAGGAGUUGGGUUCUGAUAUUGAGGAUAAGUUUAUUGCCUCGGGAAUGCACUUUGGACAGACAUUGGGGGAAUUAUUCCAAGGUUAUGUAUUCUCUCCUGGAGCCUGCUAUGGAGACUCUGGUGGACCACUCCUAGUCAAUCAAACUAAUGGAUUUGUUCUUACAGGUAUAGUUAGUGGAGGAAGAGGAGAACUUGGAAACUGUGGAGGAAUAAACAACCCUGUUCAUAUAGUUAGGUUAAAAAUGUUUACUAACUGGAUACUGGGGAUAACUGGUUACAAGAAUAUUUGCUGGGAUAAAGAAUUCCAGAAGAAAGUUGAUAAAAUCCUGGCGGAGGAAACAAGCCCUGGCGGAGGAAACUAGCCCUGGCGGAGUAAAUUAGUUCUGGUGGCGGAAUGUCGCUGUUGGCAGAGUUGAACUAUAAAAUAGUCACGAAACCUCCAAAUUGUUCAAGUUAUGCAUCAUGGAUAUCAUCGAUUAGAUUUAAUAAAUAAUUAUUUUUAUAAUUUUUUUAAA